AUGCAGAGUGAAUGCAUGAUUCGAUCACGUUGUCUUCGUCCACAACAAACAUUCGAUUCAAUCGAAUAUCGUGUAGACGAUUCGAAAAUCUCAUUUUUAUUGUUACCAUCAUCAUUACAUUCAACAAGAUGCUCUUCACCUGAACAUUCUUCAUGUUUAAAUCCAGUUCUAAUUACAUUUCCAGCAAACGCAACAUUAAAACAAAUUUUAACGGAGAACGUAUUUAUGGCUUUAAUUUUUGAACAUUCAUCAUUACCAAUCGAAAAUAAGGAUGACAUUCAACAACAAAAUAAAGCUCACUUUGAAUUGCGAGGUAAAAUUUUAGAUGGAAAUGUUCAAUUUGCAUCAAUUGUUUUGAAACAAGAUUUGACAUUAGUUAUUGAUAAUAAUAUUCAAUUGAAAUUUCAUGAAAGUAAAGAUGUUGAGUUAAAUUCAGCAAUCAUAGAUAGAUUUCGUGAAAGUCUAUUUCAUCGUCUACCAAUUGAAGAUGGUUAUCGACCUAAAACUAGUCCACACCUUGUCUAUCCAAAUGAAAGUUUAGAUUUAUUAUUUGAUACAUUACACGGUCAAUUGAACUAUUUAACUCAAUAUUUACAAAGUCAUAUUGGUGAGAGACAUGAGUUUACAACCUAUGACAUACAAAAACAAGCUCUCAAUGAAGAAAAACAAUGGAAUGAAUGGGAAACAGGAAUUUAUCGAAUGCACGGUGAUAAUGAUGGUACAGUAAAUAUUGCUUUAGCUUCUGAUUGGGGAGCUGGUACACUCGAAGCAGCGCUUGUUGCUAGUGCAAUGAUGAAUGGUUUAGAUUUGACUAUGCAACAACAACGGGCUACACCUGAUUUGCCACAUUAUACUAUACAUUUAGGUGAUAUCUAUUAUGUUGGUUUACCAACGGAAGUUCAGCAUUGUUGUCUUGGCAUUAAACCUGAUUGGGCCGAUCGUGGUGUUCGAUGGCCCAUCGGACAAAAUGGUAGUUUGACAAUACCUGGAAAUCAUGAAUUGUAUAGUCGUGGUUUUGGUUAUUGGGACUAUUUUUUGCCAGCAGUUGGUUUAUUCAAUUCUGAAGAUUUAACACAACCUAUACAAUCACAGAAAACUUCAUAUUGGGUAUUAGAAAAUGAUCAAUGGAGAAUCAUUGGACUUGAUACUGGCUAUGAUUCAUUUUCAUUAUUGGGCAUUGAUAAUUUUGCAAUUAAAUUACCACCUGAAUUGAUGGAUUGGCUUAAAACAGUCGUUGGUCUUAGUCCACAAAUGACUGAUAAACGUGGAUUAAUCUUUUUCUCACAUCAUCAAAUUAUUAGUGCUUGGAAUGAAAAACCAAAUACAGAUUUUCCAGCACAAAUAGCAUCUUUAUUACCGGAAGGGCGAACAGUUCUGUGGUUGUGGGGUCAUGAACAUCGUUUGAGUUUCUAUGAAAAACAAACUAUUACAACAUUGUCUGAAUUGGGCAAAACCCUUACAUUCUAUGGUCGAUGCGUUGGCAAUUCUGGUUUUCCGACAAUAGCAAAGGAACUUCCAGUUGAAGCUCGUGAAACAAAAUUAUUAUUUUACGAUGAUCGAUUAUAUCAUUUUCAUGACAAUGAAUUUUUGCCUGAUCUUCCAGUAGGUUUCAAUGGGUAUGCUACAAUGAAAUUCGUACGUCCGAAUAAGUCAAGCGAUACAAGUUUACGUAUGAGUUAUAAAACUUUAUGCUUGAAUGAAGAUGGACAAUUGACUCAUGAAAAUCCAACUGUAAUUGUUAAUGAAGAAUGGUCGGUUGACUCGAAUGGUAAUGUUGUUCUCAUCAGAUUAGAACCUGUGAAUAAAGAGCUUACAAAAGCUGUACACACAGAUACUAACCAAAAUGAACUCACAUUAAAUCAAUCAAGCUGCUGUACAAUGUUGUGAGACGAGAACUACAUUGUACGUCCAAAACUGACUCAAAUUGAUAAAACAGUCAUGCUUAUAACACAUUAUUUUCUUUUCAUGUCAGCACACAUAAUACUCCAGUUCUAAAAAUUUUCGCCAAUAAUAUGUUAGUUUGAAUAAACUAACGAGGGAAGUACCCGAAGUGAUUCAUCGCUUUUGAGCUCAUAUUUUGGGCGUAUAGAGGGAACCUCUAGACUAGAAUAAUCCUAAAAGUAUUCGGGCUCAUAGGCCUUCUCUACAGAGUUAUAACCAUUUUACUUGAAUUUUAGCCUAUGGCACGGUAUGUACAAACAAAUCAGCUGGCGGUAUUUCUAUUUGAAAUUUUGUCCACAGAUAGGUCUACUUGUAAUUAGAAUGUUU